AUAUAUAUAUAUAAAAAUAAAUGAAAAAGAAUGUUUGUACUUCCUCGAAUGUUGUGAUGCACAAUGUAAUUUAUCGUAUGGGGUGAUUUGACGCAUUGCAUGUGAUAAUUUCAUAGUAAAUGGGAAUUGGUUACUAUUUGGUAUGAUGCGUCAAAUCGGCCCAUAUGUGCAUAUUGUAGAUUAGUGAAACAAACUUCGGGUUAAAAAUCCGUAAAAAUUUGAAGAAAAAAAAUUUCUUAUUUCUAAAAAACCUUUUUUUCAAAUUUAUUUUAAAUAGAACUAUAAAUUUUUAUCCAACAAUUAUGUCAAGUAUUCGAGAACGAUCGAUUUUCACUGCAAUGAAUAAAGCAUAUACAUUAACUGAUCGUAAUGUUUACGAUGAUAUGUACAAACGACUUGAAUUUAGAAUACAAACUAUUCUUGCUGAUAAAUCCCUUACAAAAAAUGAAAAAUCAGUAGCAAUAAAAAAUUUAAAUGAGCAAUAUGACAGAAUAAAUAUUCGUUAUAACAAAGGAAAAAGAAGAAUUUGUGAAGUCUGUAAAGAGGAAUGUUUAGCAACAUUAUAUUGUGAAUAUUGUAUUAGAAAUUAUUUAAAAACGAAAUUCUCAAAUUGGACGUCUGGAAAUAAUGAUAUUGAUGAUCUAAUUAAGAAAUGUCAAAUGGAAUCACGUGCUCCUGACAUGAUAGUUGAAUGGAUUCCAUAUAAUAAUUUUCAAAAUAUUGAAUUUCUAACUAGAGGUGGUUGUGCUGACAUUUACACAGCAGAUUGGAUUGGUAGUAGAUAUAAAAAUUGGAAUCCUGAGCAACAACAACUAAUACUAUCUAAUACUAUUAGGAAAGUAGUACUUAAAAAGUUGGAAAAUAUUGAAAGUGCUAAUAGAAGUUGGUUUGAUGAGGCUAAAUCUCACCUAACUAUAACUAACAAAACGUCAUCAAUAGUACAAUGUUAUGGUUUAACUCAAGAUCAACCAAACGGAAAUUACAUGCUUGUAAUGAAAAAAUUGGAUAUAAAUUUAAGAGAAUAUAUACAACAAAAUCACAACAAACUUACAUGGAGAGAGAGAAUUUAUAUUGUAACUCGUGUAAGUUAUGCACUUAGGAUGAUCCAUGUAGAAAAUGCAAUUCAUAGAGAUUUACAUUCAGGAAAUAUAUUAUAUAGUCAGCAUAGUAAUAUUUGGCAUAUUAGUGAUCUUGGAUUCUGUGGGCCCGCUGAUCAACCAUUGGGAAGUAUAUAUGGAAAUCUUUCUUAUAUUGCACCAGAAGUUAUAGUUGGAAAAGGAUAUACUUUUGCAUCUGAUAUAUAUAGUAUUUCAAUGAUAAUGUGGGAAAUUUCAUCUGGACAACCACCAUUUACUAAUUAUGAAAAGGAUUAUAAUCUUGCAAUGGAUAUUGUUAAUGGUAUGAGACCAAAGGUUAUAUCAGGAACUCCUUUAAAAUAUAAAGAAUUAAUGGAACAAUGUUGGGAUGCUGAUCCAACAAAAAGGCCUAACAUCAAAACAUUUUUAAGUAAAAUAAAUGAAAUUAAUAAAUUAUAUUAUCAAAUCAUACCAAAUGAUAAUACAAAUAUUUUUAGUAAAUUCUUAGAAAAAAUUAAAAAAACUAAUAAUUUAGAUAAAAUGAGUAGCUUUGAAAUAAUGAGUUGUUAUUAUGCAAGCAGCAAAUUAUCAGUAAGUAAAAUCUAUCAAUUUGAUGAUUUACCUGAACCAAGAAAUGCAACUGAAGAAGAACAAGAAGCAUAUCAUAGUAAAUCUUAUAGUUUUAAUAUUCCUGAAAAUAUUGAUGAUUUCAAUAUAUCAAAUAAUAAAAAUAAUGAUAGUACAUCGACAACAAAUAGUAUUUUUAGAAGAAAUAGUAAAGUAUUGUCUAAAGUAUUUCAAAAACUACACAUAGGAUCAGAUGAUAAUAAUCAAAAUAGUUAUCAAAAUAAUUGUGAAAGAAAAAUCAUAAAACAACAAGUGAAGAAGCAAGAUAUUGAUGAUAAUGAUGAAAUUUAUAAUAAUCCAAAUCUACAUCCAGAAGAACAAGAUUUCGAAAUUCCUGAUGAUGGAUUUUAAACAGACCUGUUAUCAUAAACUGUGAGGGUAUCAAGUAUCCAUUGGCAUAUUGUCUACUUGUUUAACUUACUACGUUUAUUUAGCAUGUGAAUUAUUUCACUAUAAACUACAAUAUCUAUUAUUAUGACA